AUGUGGACGAAACGAUCGGAUCCAUCAUCCUCAGGGGCUUCAUCUGGUAGUCAGGUAAUAUUUUGUAUUUUUGUUUGGAAAUUUAGGUAAAUUUUGGUUGGAAGUAACGGAUAUAAAGUAGGUUACGCUUCCUAACAUAAAUAGGUUUUUCUAGAUGCAGGAUUUGUUACCUAAAAAUUAUUUUUUUUAUUGCUUUAGCUUGGGUUUAUAUUUUUGCUUAACUUUAAGUAAAUUUGAUGAAAGAUUUAGCAAAGAACAUCUAAAUAAUUUGUUUUAUGAUGUUUAUAAGUACAAAACUGGUUACGUUUUUUACUUUCUACGACUACAAGAUUAAUCUAACUUUAUAUUGUUUUAGUUUUCUUCUCUGUUUUCUUCUCUAGUGGGCAAGGAUAACUUAGAUAGGACGAAAGCAGCUUUGUCAGAUGCUGCUAAUAAAGUUCAAAGUGGUGCUAUAUCUGGGGUGUUUAAAUCUGCUAUGGAUUAUAUUGGACAAUCGGCUGGAGGGCCUACGAAUGGUAACGUUGAUCAUCCGUUAGUUGGAAGUACGGUUGAAGUUAGUGGAAAAAAGUUUAAAAUACGUUCACUGCUGGCUGAAGGUAAGCUUUUGUGAAGGAUAUUGUUUUAGACAUACAAGUGAGGGAUAUGGUUUUAAUUUUAAAAAUGGUAAUAUUGUUUUAAGGGUUUUUAAUAUUUUUACAAGAUUUUAAAUUUUAGGUGGAUAUGCAUUAGUUUUCUCUUGCCAAGAUGCCGAAGGACGAUGGUAUGCUCUAAAGCGGCUAUUAGCUAGUGAUGCAGCUGCAGCUGAUGCUAUCAUUCAGGAGAUCAACUUUUUGAAAGAGGUAUGUCUUGUUUUUUUGUGUUUAUUUAAAUUUUAGGUAACAAAAAGUUGAGUUUGAAAACCUAAUUAUUACGUUUGAAACAAUUCAAACUAAUUUUUAGUUAUCUGGCCAUCCCUGCAUACUUAAAUAUAUCGGUGCAAAUCAAGUAAAACAGAAUGGUCGUGUGGAAUAUCAAUUGCUGACAGAAUAUUGUCCUGGUGGGGCUUUGAACGAGCUUUUACAGAAGGAUCCAUUAUCCGCUAAGCAGGUCUUACAAAUAUUUUAUGCUGUGUGUAGUGCAGUACAUUGCAUGCACGAUCGUUCACCACCGAUUACUCAUAGGGACUUAAAGGUAGGUUUGUUUGGAAGUACUUUUUUGCCGAUUUAUAAAAUUAUCGUUUGAUAUCAUUUUAUACUUUUGAUUAUUGAGUGAUCUAGUAAAUAAGGUAAAUUAAAGUUAUUUUUGUUAGAAAAUAGAUGUUUAACAUAGUUUUUGUAAAAUUAAAAAUUUUAGAUAGAAAACCUAUUAUUUGAUGCUAAAGGACAUGUAAAGUUGUGUGAUUUUGGUUCAGCUACGACCAGUGUAUAUAGACCUGACGAUUCUUGGUCUGUUUUAAUGAGAACUCAAUUGGAAGAAGACGUAAGUCAUUUUAUCCUUUAAAACAUACAAUUCAAAACUUUUUAAAGUGAUUUGAAAAUGAAUGUAAUUUCAGAUGCAACAAUUCACGACGCCAAUGUAUCGUGCUCCAGAAAUCUUGGAUACAUAUCAAAACUUUCCGAUCGGUCCAUCACAAGAUAUUUGGGCGCUUGGAUGCAUAUUAGCCUACAUUUGCUAUAGAAAACAUCCAUUUGAAGAUAGUGCCAAGUUACGGAUAAUUAACGCGAAAUAUACAUUACCUACUGAAGAGUCACAAUACACUAUAUUUAACCCUUUGAUUGGUAAGUUAGAAAAAGGCUUUGGCUUUGAGGGGGAGGUGGAGGGGUGGUAUGGUUUUUAAAUGAUAUUGACUUUUAAGUAUUAUAUUAAAGCAUACCUUUUUUCAGAAAGUUUGCUUCAACCGGACCCUUAUAAUCGACCGUCAAUCGUCGACUUGAUGGAGAGACUGGAAGCCGUAGCUGUGGUACUUAAUGUUGACCCAAAGGGAGCUCCAGUUGAAGGUGUAUUGCCUGAUACUCCAGGUAAACUUUGUUUUUGAUGGUUGGGAUAUUUGUUUUGAAAGAUUUUUUACUCAUGUGGGUCAGUACGAAAGCUCACACGAUUUCUGAUACUUUGACACAUUUGUUGAAUUGGAGCUAAAACUGUUUAGCGUUAAUUUUAGUGUUAAUCUUAUUAGACAUACCAUUUAAAUAAAAUGUUAUAGUAGAACACCCAUCAAGACCGCCACCACCCAGACCAGCAGCACCACCAGUAUCAACAACGAAGAAGCCUCUAGUUCAAGAAGAAUCAUUAUUUUCGAAUCCGUUUGGCAAAAAGACACCAGUAGAAGAGAAGCCAAAGCCAGCUGAUGACUUUUUCUCUUCGUUAGGAUGGUCCCAGAAUCAACAAGAAUCCUCAGCUUUAUUCAGCGACGAUCAAAAAGCUGCUGCUUUGAGUCAAGAACAACAAAUUAUGGGCGGAUUUGGAACCGAACACGUAGGUUUUGUAGAUUUGAGUUACUGUAUUAGUUUUCUUAGAGUAAAUUUUUUAAAAAUAGCGUGAUACGACGUAAUUUUGCGUUUAAAAAAUUGAUUUUACAGAACCCACCUGUGCCAAAACAUCAAGAAGCGGCACCAGAAAGACCACCACCACCUCCAAAUCGAACAGAAUCCAAAAAAGAGUCGAAUUUGACAGAUGUUGACUAUGAACGAAUGUAUGGAAUACGAGUGAGCGAAGAAGCUCAAUUUGUUGAUCAAGAUGCUGAUAAGUACAGGUUUGACAACGAAAAAAAGGAAGAACUACCUUCAGCAGCACCAGUACAACAAAAGGUCGAAAAUGAUCCAUUUGAUUUGUUUGAUGGUAGGUUUUCGGGGAAUAUAAUGUUUUAAGUGAGUGGGCAGGGUAAAUUGUGUUUUUAAUUGAUUUUGAGGUUUUAAAAGUUUAAAAAAAGUUUUAGGUUUUAUAAUUAAAACAUUUUUUGGGCUCAAAAAUAAAUAUUUAGGGUUAGUAUUUAUACUUAAACUUGAUAUUUCAGCUAUUUCCCGAUCUACCCAACCCGCUCAACCCCAAGCUCAUGACUUAUUUGGUGAUUGGCCCAGUGAUAAUGCUCAAAUGCAUCGAAAUGCUUCAGCCCCACAAUUAGAGAAAAAGACCUUUGAUCCGUUCGCCGAGUUCUUAGCAGCCAAUGGUGGACCACCAGAUAUAAAACCUUCAGAAGCCCCGAAAUCAGUCAACAACUCGGGAAGGUCAACUCCAUAUAAUGGACAGUCAAAUCAGAAACGAGGUUUCGACUCGUACUUUGGAGGAACCCAGCCGACUGGUAAUAAAUUCGGAGCAAACGCCUUUGACGACAUUCUAUCUCAACAAGGAUUCGCAUCUUCGAAACAGAACAGUCAAAGAACGCUGGCGGAUUUGAAAAGAGAAGAGGAGGUACAGAACAUGGAUCCAACUAGAAUUAAGGUAAGACCUUAUAAAGAGUUCGAAGUUUUUUGAAUGCUAUUGUUGUUUCACAUUGAAAAAAUUAUUUUUUUUUUGAUGAAGGUGAGCAAAACUCAUACAAUAAGGUUUCUAGGCUUUAAAACACAAAAAAAGACUUGUAGAAGCCCUCGAGGUUUCAAAGUGUUGACUUUGAAUUCUUUUUUGACUCAUCAAACUCAAGGCUGCAUAAAUCUAAAGUUUAUAUUUUGAAAGCAAAAUACUGUUUCUAAACAAAUUUUUGACUUAUUUAGCGCACAAGUUUGAUCAAAAACUUGAAAUUGAUAAAUAAUAUACCAAAUAUAACAAUUGACGUUUACACAUACAUUUCAAAAUAAUGAACAAUCAAAACACAAACAAAUCACAAAACCCGUAAAACUAUAAAAAUCAUAACGAAAACUAUAUACUCUACGUGAUUCUUCCUACAAUUUGGUUUCAUAAACUGAAUCGCGUUCUUUGCUCUUUAUUCUGAACAAUCUGCUUAGCAGGCGCAUCAAAGAACGACCUCAAUUCGUUCAGAUCGAAACGUUCCCAAAACGCACUAAAACAGGCAAAAUACGUUUAUUUUAAGAGAAUGAGUGGGGUCGAGACAAUUCAAAUGUUCACGUGAACAAAACCUGAUUUAUUUUUCGAUUUUUUUUGGAUUUUUGGAAGUUAAUUUUGUCUGGUCACUUUUUGUCUUUGAAAGGUGGAAUGUACUGUUUGAUAGUCAGGAAAAAAUGGCAAAAGAAGUAAAAAUGAACAUGAAAUUCAAUUAUUAAGAGUUUCAUGCUAAUAGGUUGCUCAUGUAAUUCUGUGCUUCCGCUCAAAGCAAAUUUUUGAGGUUAGGGGGCAGAGAAUUUUUUGAACUACUUAAUAUGUAUAACUUUUGCAUAAUGAAAGGUCGUGCUAUAAUAUUUUAAAGUGAUGUACAAAAGACUAUUAUAGAUAUUAUAGUCAUUUGAUUUAGUUUGAAAAUUAAAUGUUUGAGAAACAAAAAAUUAGAAAAAAUGUGAAUUUUAAAGUUUUCUGCCAUAAUUUUGUGUAAUUAUACAUUGACAUUGUCCUAGAUGAAUUAUUCAUCUCUGAAAUUUAUUUUUAGUAUCAACAGUUUGCUUUUGAAAUUUGAGAGUCCUAAAGAAGAGUUUAAAGAAUUGAACGAGGCCUAAUAAGGAAGUAAAUGAUGCCUCAGGGAAUACAAAAAAUUAUUUUAAGGAGAAAUGCGAAGAUACAAGCAAACAUUGCAACAUCAUGUAGUUGAAUGGUACAAUUAAAAACAUAUUUAUUGUCAAGGGUACAAUAAAAACUUAUUCUUUAAUGAUAAACACACAUUUAUUGUACCAUUCAACUUUUGUCUUGAUUUUAGAAUCAAUGCAGUUGUUGUUGAUAUUAGGUUGUUUAGAUAAUUAUGAGCUUUUAACCUUGAAAUUUUGCUUUGAGAAUUUGCUGUGGGAGCACAGAAUUAUUUUAACAACCUAAUAUAUGUUUUAACAAGGUUUUAGUUUGUGAGGAAGUUUAUUGUAUGCUACAAUUGCACUUUGGAAGAGUUUUUGCCUGAAAUCACGUGAAGAAAAAUAUGAAAAGUUCGUGGAAAUUUUUCGAAUUUUAUCGUAUUUUUGCUUGAUAAUGAAUUUUAUCGUAUUUUUGCUUGAUUUAAAUGAAUUUUGAGAGUUUUGAAAAAAGGCUAUUUUUGGAUGAGAUUACUGUAGUCUGCAAGUUUAAGAAAAAAAUUAGUAGUUAUUCUGGAGCUCCACUAUAUUAAUAUUGUAUUUUGCAGAUACGAGACUGGACUAAAGGUAAAGAACGGAACAUACGAGCCUUGUUAGGCUCCUUAAAUGAUGUUCUAUGGGAGGGGUCGUCGAACUGGAAUCAGCCUGGUAUGGGAGAACUGCUGUCUGAUAUUAAUGUAAGUUGUUACUGUCUUUGAAGAAUUAUUAUUUUGCUCUGACUAAUAUAAUUUUAUUUUUUUAAAUAUUUUUUGUUUAAAUAAUUUUGCGCUCUCUUUCAAGGCAAAUGUUUGGAGUUGGGAGGCACAGAAUUAUUUCAACAUCCUAAAAGGAAUUUAUGGCUAAAAAAUUGAGAAAACGUUGAAGGAAAAGAUUCGUAGCUUAAAACUUGUAAUCUUAUGGUUUUUAAAUUUCAGGUGAAGAAGUACUAUCGCAAAGCCUGUCUAGUGGUCCACCCAGACAAACAAACUGGUCAGCCUCACGAGGAACUGGCUAGAUGCAUCUUCACUGAACUGAACGAUGCUUGGAACGAGUUCGAGAGCAAACGGUAG